AUGGUCAACCCUUUGAAAAUCAGUCUCGCACCUUACAUUAAAGGUGGCCUUAGAAAAUCACUUGAACCAAUUGCUAAGGGCUAUUUAAACCUUGCUGGCUUCAAGCAAGUCGGCUUGAGAUAUGACGAUCUCAUUCAAGAGGAAAACGAUCAAAUGCAAAAAGUACUCGGUCGUCUCUCACCAAGAGAGGAAUAUGACAGAGUUUGGAGAUUAAGAAGAGCCAUUAACCAAUCCAUCCAACACAAAGAUUUACCUGCUGAGCAAUGGUCUGAGGAAGACUCAUCACAACAGCGUUACCUCACUGAUAGAAUUGUCCAAGUCACGAACGAGUACACUGAAAGAGAGUUGUUAGAUAACCCAGAGUUUAAAAUUGAACCAAAGCACCAUUAA